AUGGCUACUCAGCUAGCAUCUCCCCUUCAUUAUAGCUGUACUUUGAUAGCAAGUCUCUACAUUGUAAUAUGCAUUUUAUUUUAUCGCACUCCGGUAAAGAGAAGAAAGACUCGCUCCAAGCGCCGCAGUCGACCUCGAGUUAUCUUGGCUAGCUUGAUCGUUUUCACAUAUGUCAGUCAAACGGCCUUGAAAAUCACCACUGAUGACCUGGACAGUUCUCAGCCAUUCUUGGUGCAUAUGACCUCUCAAGCGGUCAUAUGGACGGCACUGUGGCUACGACAGAAUCCUUCCAAGUACGAAGUGGCUGGAAGCUCGUUGGUCACCGCUGGUUUCGAAAUUCCACUCCUUGCGCUCUCUUUGUGUCCCAAGCCGAGACAGUGGGUACCAAUCACGCAGCUCACCAUCUCAGCGGUCCGACUUGCCCUGCUUGUCUUUGUGGCAAGUGCGAUUCUAUUUGAGACUAGACAGAGGAAGAAAAAGAUAUCGGAAGAGUCGCGCCCUUUCCUAAAUGGCAAUCAUACAAGAUAUGGCGCAGCGAAUGGCAACGACUCGGAAAAUAGCAGCGUGGACUCCAAGAGCGAGAGCGAUUCGGACACCGGCAAGAAUAAGAAUGAUGCAGCCAUGCGCAGGAAAAGACUCCGCAAUGACAAGUUGCAGUCAUUUAAGGGUUGGUUGGAAUAUCUGAAAAGCUUCUCGAUCUUUCUGCCAUACUUGGUCCCCAGAAACAAUCGCAAGGUCCAGCUUUGUGUUGCCACCAGUAUCUUCUGUUUAGUAUGCCACCGGGCUCUGAACAUCCUCAUUCCUCAGCAACUAGCAGAUGUCACCGAUAGCAUCUUUGCCAACAAAACCCCAUAUGCUUCACUGGGAAAAUGGGCGCUGCUGCAGCUCAUCAGUGGCGGAGCUGGGCUAGGAUUGAUCGAGGCACUUGUCAAGAUUCCUAUCAGGCAGUUCUCUUACCGGCAGAUCACUGCUGCUGCCUUCAGCCAUGUCAUGAAUCUGUCAAUGGACUUCCAUAUCGAAAAUGACUCGGCAGAAGUUAUGAAGUCCAUCGACCAAGGUGGAGCGCUGAACAGUCUGUUAGAAGUUGCCAUUCUAGAAAUCAUCCCGACAGUGAUUGACUUGGCUAUUGCAUGUGUUGUUUUCUAUUUAAAGUUCAAUAUCUACGCGUCCUUGCUGGUGGUGAUAGUAUCUAUUGCUUAUGUUGCGACGGAAGUCUUUACCUCUAACUGGAACAUCGACGCCAGACGUGAUGUUUCACAGACACAGCGAAACGAAACUCGGAUUAUGCAUCAGGCCGUACAAGGCUGGCAGACUGUUACAUACUUCAACCAGUUUUCGUACGAGAGGUCUCGCUUUGCGGAAGCGGUUGACCUCGCCUUGAAGGCUAGCGCCCGUUUCGGUCAACGCCGAGCAAUAGGCAGAUCACUCCUGGACUUACUCAAACCAAUUUGCUUCGUUGGUCUCUCCUCGCUCAUCGUACAUGAGAUUUCUGUGGGACGCGCCUCCACGGGAGACUUUGUUUUCUUCAUUCAGUAUUGGUCUUCGCUCAUCUCUCCUUUGGCCUACCUCUCCGCGCAAUAUCGCUGGCUUGUCUCUGAUCUAGUUGAUGCGGAGCGGCUACUCUUCCUGUUUCAAUCCAAGCCUAGCGUCACUGACAAGGAGUGUGCGAUGCCGCUGAAGCCUGGUGAUGGCCGUGUUUCGUUCCACCAUGUUGACUUUGCCUAUGAUUCCCGGUUGAAGACUCUCAAGGAUGUGAAUAUCUCUAUCGAACCUGGGACAACAGUUGCACUGGUCGGUAUGACUGGUUCAGGAAAGACAACAAUCCUUAGACUCCUUCUCCGACUUUACGAUGUUACUGCUGGUCAUAUUGAUAUUGACGGCCAAGACAUCCGCGACAUAAGCCUCAGCUCACUACGUCAGACUAUCGGUGUUGUGCCACAAGAUCCCGUCUUAUUCAACGCAUCUAUCAUCGAGAAUUUGCGGUAUGCCCGGCCCUCGGCUUCGGAUGAAGAGAUCCACGAAGCAUGUCGUGCCGCAGCUAUUCACGAGAAAAUCCUCACGUUUGUGGACGGAUACAACACCACAGUCGGAGAGCAGGGUGUCAAGUUGUCUGGCGGUGAACUACAGCGGAUGGCCAUUGCUCGGGUUUUCCUAAAGAAGUCACCGAUUCUCCUGCUGGAUGAAGCAACGAGUGCCGUAGACUCGAGCACGGAAUCGGACAUCCAGACUGCGUUGGACCGAUUGAGAGCCAAGCGAACUACGUUUGUCAUUGCCCAUCGACUUUCAACUAUUUCCAGCGCCGACCGGAUCCUUGUUGUGCAUGAGGGACAGGUUGUCGAGAGCGGGUCUCACCAAGAGCUGCUGAAGAAGGAGGGUGGAAGAUAUCAGAACCUCUGGCGGAAUCAGUUCGGGGACAUCAAAAAUGAGAAGCCUGCGUUGUAA